AGAAACAGUAAUUUUCUAUCCUUUUCCUGUGGUUUGCAAAUGAGUGCCCAGUUUAGCUGGGCCUGAAAACUUGUCAUGGUAUGAAUGUUCUUACUUUCUUGCGAAUUGCCUUCCUUUCUGUAUUGAGAGAGGAGCAAUACCUUUGGCUCUUUCAUAUUUACUCAUGCUCUAGUGGCCAAAGGGGGGCUUUCUGUCAUCUCCAGAUCUGCAGCUAUUGAAAGCUGAUGCCAUUUUCAUGAGGAGCAGCAAUAUGGGGAUGUUCCUACAAGCAACAGGACAGUACUGUUAAUCUGCUCUCUGUCCUGUCCUGUCUUCUUAACGUUGACCUGGGCGAAAGGAAUGCUGAGCCUGAAGCAAGUAGGCAGAACUCAGGGCCAGGAAAGGACUAAGAUGAGAAAUCUAUAGAGACUGGCCAAAGCCCAGUGCAUGGGAAGGAAAGUAGUAUAGGCCUAAAAAGGUCAGAAAAAGACAAACCUACAACUUUGUUUGCAAAUCUCAUGUGGGGACUGCCUGACGAUUCUUUUUCACACCUUUGGGAUUAGCACUGUUUAGAAAUGGUUGUGGAUUAAGUCUCUACAACUGGAUCAUGAGGUAAGUGGGAGCAAGUGGAUGUUUUAGAGACACUGCAAAGGACUGGUGCCAUUUGUAAAUGUAGCAGUUGGUGCAGAGAAAUGUUGGAGAAUGGUGUGCUUACAGGUAAGCACCUGGUCAUGUCUCACCUGAGCCCUCGUGCUGCUGUUGGAAUAGAAGUUGAAGGCUUUAGCUAUAUCACAUAUAUAAAACUGCAGAAAUAGCAGAACCGUGAGCAGUCUGAACCACAGUCAUCUGAUGUUACUUCUAAGUCAGUAGGUUCUGCUGAAGCAGCUUUGAACUCAGUCUUUGUGGCUGUGCCGUGUGUCACAGGAGUGCCCCAGUGUUCAGCACCAGUGAACCUGCAGCUUGUAAACUGCUCUGCCCCAGAGCUUUCAUGUGUUUUGUUCUCUGAGUGUUUUACAGUACUCUGGGACCCAUGCCCCAGUAUAGGCCCAAGGAGAAAGUGUUAGCAACUCCCUGACUUUGAUUUCAAAAUUUUGAGAAGGGAAUAAAAGUGCAACUGAAGUUAAAAUGAAGGAACUAAUACUGUGAUGUUCCUGAACACAAACAAAAAGCAUCAUCUGCUUUAUUCACCUAUAUUUACAGUCACCUCAGGGAGUUGUCAAUAAACAGGGAGCAAUUAUGUCUGUUAACUUUUAGUACAUGUUGCUCAUUUAUCUGAUGCUAUAAACAGCAGUGUAAACUGUGGCAUUCAAAUGGCUCAGAAUUAAGCUAUUUUCAAUAACUUUUUUUUGCUCUAAAAUGAAAAAAAAUUUGUUGGGAUAGUUUUGCAUACUAUGCUUUUGCUUCUGAAAUAAUUAAACCACAUUUCUCUUGUCACUGUUCAUGCUUCCUACCCUGCUAGUAAGCAUCUGGCCUGAAGAGGUUUGAUCAGCUCAGUGUACAGAAGUCAAAUAGUGAGGAAAAUUCUACAAAUGGCUUAAAAUGAAUAUUGUCACACUUAGGGAGCAUAUUGCAAUAAACAUGUAAAUCCUGAUUUUUCAAGCUAUGCUUAUGGCUUUCAGUGGGAUUUAAAAUGUCAGUUCAGAGUAGUAGUUUCCUCUCUGUGAGACUGAAAAAGGAUUCUCUGGGGAACAAUCAGCUUUGAAUGACCCAUCUGGGGCUAGUGUGAUUACUGGCAGGGAGGAAGACUUGGGCAAAAUGAAGCUGAAGCCAGAUCUUCAGGUAUUCUAGACAACAAAUUCCCACUGAAAACAGCCCUGUAAUGAAUGCAGCUUUAUGUCAAACCUCUCAUAUGAAUUUUAUUCACAUAACAAGCAACAGCCUUGUCCUUUGAGAGGGUUGCCCUCUGCUGCUAAAGCCUUCAGAAAUGGCUUAGUCUGAAAUGCUGUGCUUAGUUUGAUUGUCAAAAUAUUUUGUGAAAAAUACUCUUAUUUGAGGGACAAUUUUAAGACUUGGGAGCUGAAAUGUUCUGCUGUGGCUUUGAGGUUACCCAGCUGAACAGGGCUUAGCCUAUAUUGAUGGACAGUAUGAAGGAGGGUGUGGUGAGCUAUUCUACACAGCUUGGAGACCUCAUCUGGAGGUUUGUUUAUUUAUUAUGCUGGUGUUUGAGUAAUUUGAAAAAUUACUGAGCCCCAAAACAGCAGAGGAGCAGUACUCAAUCUCUACCUUCUGGCUUUAUAGCACCAUAGGUUGGAAAAACCUCUUAAGAUCGAGUCCAACCAUUAACCCAACACUGCGAAGUCCACCACUAAACCACAUCCUUAAGUGCCACAUCUACAUGUUCUUCAAAUACCACCAGGGAGGGCAACUCUACCACUUCUCUGGGUAGACUGUUCCAGUGUUUGAUAACUCUUUUUGUGAAGUAAGUUUUUCCUAAUAUCUAAUCUAAGCCUCCCCUAGCACAACAUGAGGCCGUUUAUUCUUAUACUAUUGCUUGUUUAUUGAUAGAAGAGACCAAUCCUCACUUUGCUACAACCUCUUUUCAGGCAGGUGUAGAGUGUUAAGGUCUCCCCUGAGCCUCGUUUUCUUCAGGCCAAACCUGUGCUGCUCCUCACAGGACCUGUUUUCUUUUUAUCUUCUCUUUCUGUCUUUUUCGUGGUUUGUUGUUUUUUUUUUAAUCUCUGGUGAUGGAUUCAUAGAAAUUAUUUCCAGCUUGUAUUUUGCUUAUAUUGUAUAAGACCAGCUGGGCCAAGUGCACCUCAGACAGAGGAAGGCCACAGAAUACCAUCAAGUUACAUCUGAGACACAAGACUUUGUGUUUGUAAACAUUCUGUCCUCACCAGGGUAACUAAUUCCCAGAAGACUCUCGUACAGGGGAUUUCUCCUUCUUUCAUCCUGCCUCCCUCUUCAGCAUUUUGGACGAGCACUGCAGUUUCAAGGUACACUGCUGUCUCAUCUGUGAGGGGAUCAGAGCUUGCCUCUAAGGGGAUGGAUCCCCAGAGAGAGAGACCCAAGAAAGUGAACACAGAACAUCUAAUUGCUGACAGGCAGGAAGGAAUUGGUGUCUGUGGCUGGAUCCUGGUUUCCCUUUCAUUCCUCAUGGUGCUUAUUACCUUUCCUAUUUCCAUCUGGGCAUGUAUAAAGGUUGUCAGAGAAUAUGAACGUGCUGUUGUAUUUCGUCUGGGACGAAUACUGUCUAAGAAAGCAAAGGGACCAGGAAUGAUCCUUGUACUUCCAUGUACAGAUAUAUUUAUCAAGGUUGAUCUUAGGACGGUUACCUGUAAGAUUCCUCCACAAGAGCUUCUCACGAGAGAUGCUGUUACUGCCCAGGUGGAUGGGGUGGUGCACUACAAGAUCCACAGUGCUGUCAGUGCUGUUGCCAAUGUCACUGAUGUCCAUUCUGCGACCUUGCUUCUGGCACAGACAACCCUGAGAAAUGUCCUGGGUACACAGAGCUUGGCUCAGCUGCUGGCAGGUCGUGAGGAGAUUGCACACAAUAUCCAGGCUGCCCUCAGCAGUGCCACGGAGCAGUGGGGAGUCAAAGUGACCCGUGUGGAGAUCAAAGACAUCCGGAUUCCCAUGGCCAUGCAGAGGGCGAUGGCAGCUGAAGCAGAGGCUGCUCGAGAGACAAGAGCUAAGGUUGUGGCAGCAGAAGGAGAAAUGAAUGCUUCCAAAGCUCUCCAGCAGGCCUCCAUGGUGCUGGCCGAGUCUCCAGCAGGUCUGCAGCUGUGUUACCUGCAAAUACUAACAACUGUGGCAGCACAGAAUAAUUCCACCAUUGUCUUCCCUCUCCCUAUAAAUAUGUUUGGGAGUUUGGGGCAGAAAAGUACAGGGGGAUAGAGGCUGUUCUAGCUAGCUCCUAGGCCAGAGAUAUUUGAAGGUUUUCCCAGGAAGCAAGGGAGUCCCGAUUGGUAGAAUUAAAGUAGAAGCAUGUUUGGGUCCUCUGUCCCAAAAAUAAGAGCAAAAUUAGUUUAAUAAUCACACACAGCUCCCACAUUGAGACUGCAUUUGCAAAGUUCAGACACUAAGCAGUUCCAGCUUAGACUCACCUCCAAGUAAAAUGGAAGAAAAUAUGUAAAAUGUAUGUUAGACCUAAUAUAAAAUUUUGAUGAUGAUUUCACCACACUUUACAGAGUCUUGAGUGUUGCAAUUAUUUGGUGAUUUGUCUGCUAGGCAAGAACCUCUGAGGUGCUGAUGUACUCCACACAGCAGAAGGGUCAGACAUUGGUAUUUAACUCAAUUCCUGUGGAGUGGAAAGGAAGGAUUUGGCUCUUAACCUUAGAGGUAUUCUUUCAUAAAUAUUGGCAGAAUUACUGUAUAAUUGGUAUGUCAGUGGAACAGCCUAUUCUUUAUCUUAUAUUAAUAGAAAUUAAUACUUGCUUUACUGACCUCAGCCGUAUUUUGCCUCAUCACUGACAUUUAUAUGAGCUCUGUAAUAAAAUAAAGGGAAUAUAUGACCAGGCAUUACAAUCACAUUUCCUGAAUGUGAAAGCUGGGGCAAACCUCGAGGUCCUCUGUCAAUUUAUGUGUCUGUCUUACACCUUCAGUAGGUUUCUUAUCUUCCUUUGCAUAUGUCAUGAAGCAGUCAUGCAGGUUUUCCUAAAAUGAGCCUUCCCUACCCUCCAUCCAUGCAAUGCUUGGCAACUGAGAAGAUGUUGCUGAUAUCCAGGUUCAGCUGAUGCUAAAUUUGAAUUUGCAGCCUUUAAAAAUAGCUGGUCAGUUCACAGUUCAGGCACACAGCAAUGAACUGUCUUCUGUGAAUCUGAAAUUUCUUGUGAUGGAGCUGUUCUGGUAGGUGCUGCUGCAGUGCCAUGUCUUGUUCACAUGAGCAUCACUGCUGCCCCUUCUAUCAGUAGGGUCAUUUGACUCCAAAUUAACCACCUCAGGAUGGACCUAGUAAUUAUCAUAUCACUGAA